GAAGGUUUGUGUCGAUAAAGUUAUCAAUUUGAUAUGAACAGUUUGUCACGUUCACUAGCCGUGUGCAGCCUGAUUCGUUGCCGGGACCCUAGUGUGUGCAUGCACAAUACUCAAGAAUCCGAUGACGAGACAGGAAUGUCAUGGCAUUGUAGUACCUGCAAGAAGGUUGUUGGCCUGUACAAAAAAUCACAGAAAAAGGUGCCAAAUCUAUUCGAUGUUCACAUUGACAUUCGCGAUUUAAAAGGCAAAUUAAAGAAACAUCAGGAGCAAAGGAAAACAAAAUUGAGAGAAAUCGAGAUCAAGGUGUCUGCACUCAGAAACACAGCAGGUGGCAUCAUCAUUCUUCAUGUCAGCGGGACAGCAUGUGGUGACCGUUUCUUGGGAUGCGUGGAUGAGUUUCUGGAAAAAAGUUUGAACAAUUUCAUAUGUGAUGGAACCUUGUUUGUAGAUACAUACAAACGGAAAUGGCUCUGUGAAAUAAGUACGUUUGAGAAAUUCACAGAUUGCAUCCUAAUAUCGGUUGAGAAAACCAAAGGUGUUGCUACUGUAGAUUUCAAAACUAAGGUCUGCUCGGAUUUACAGGUCGAAAGACCAUCAACGCUUAACAUCGUGUCUCUCUUGUCUCACAGAAAAGCGUCCUCCGAAAAAGCUGCGGAAUUAAGAGGCUUGCAAUCAACUCCACACAAAAGUCGAAACAUCCAGCUCAAAGCAUAUAGACCCGAAAAAAAAGACAAAAGCGCCAUUGAAAGUCACCCAGAUACCUUUGCCAAAUAUAUUUGGGAAAAACUUCGAUUCCGAGAAUAUCUCAGUUGUAUGACAAAUAAUGACGAAGGGGGCUCCUUCUAUUUAGGAAUUGCUGUAACAAAAAGAGAGUACAAGACAUCAACGGACGGCCCACGCACUUCCAAUAGUUGGGUUCCAAAUAUUGAAGGAUUUGAGUUGAAAUGUGGAAAACGUGAACUUGAGAACAGUCUCAAAUGUCUAAUUAAAUCUCAUGUAACCAAACUAGAUUCCGAUAAAUCUUUUGGAGAUAUUUCUUCAGACCUUGUAAAAUUCCACUUUUAUCCAGUGAAGACAGAGAGCAGCAGAUGCGUCCUUGAGAUUGCAGUUGGCUACACGGAAGGGAUAGUGUUCUAUCACAAACAAGGCCCAUUAGCUUAUCAUAUUACAGAAAAUGGGGACGUUGAAAGAAUAACCCGUGAAGAUUGGUUGUGCAAAGUGACAGAAAUUUAUUGAUCUCAUUUGAGAUUCAUCUCCGUCGCUAUCAAGGAUCUUGAAACAGGUGUCACUGUCCCUUUCCUCAUCCUGGGAAUACACUAAGGGGGCAUUUUAGCCUCAUCAAUACACGCCCUUCAUACUGGAACAUAUUAACGCAUUCUUGUAUUGGUAAGGUGUUUGUGCACUAACCUUGUCUAUCAAAAUGACGUCCAGUUCAGAGGGAAAUCUUUCGAGUUAUUCAGAUGAUGCGUUGGACAACCUUCAUCGGGGUCCCGGUAUGCGUUGUGCAUACAGUAGAAGAUACUCAUCUACAUGUGAAGAGAGCAGCGACUCGCGCACUGAAUCAUUCGACAACAGAAUAUACGAGGCUGAAAAUGCCGUAGACGACGAAUGUGUUGAAGUAACGAACAGAUCGGACCCUAAAGCAGAUGAGGACAUUAUUUGUGAGCGACCGAUGCUACCCCAGGAUGGUAAUCAGAAAUAUUUGUUGGAGCAAAUCAAGAUCCAAAUGCAAACACAAUUCGAUGGACUUAAAGACACACUCUUGAAGGAGUUAGGGGAGAUCAAAGACACACAGAGGACGCUUCAACAAGAUUUGAUGAGAUUGAAAGGUAGCGGUGGUGAUGGUGACGUAAUGGCGCUGAACUACGAACCGUUCCAGAGACGUGCCCAGUAUGCAGUUCGUCCUCUGAGUACAGCUGGUACACAAACCAACUUUUCAGUGGAAACUCAAACACCCAAUUCGGAAUCAUGGGUAGUUAAACCAGAUGCAGACAUUGUGAUCACAAGCCUUUAACUGGCGCCGAGCGGAUCGUUAGAGGAGAUGCUACUGCAUUUUACAAGGACUGCAGAGCAUACAUGAUUCGGAUGGGUUAUUCAGAGGUUUCAAAUCGAAAUAAUGUCUCUGAUUAAUAUUGAUGAUUUAAAAACCACUUCACUGUGUAGUGACAUGUCUUUUGGCAAUCAUCACUCUGAUAAAGGACUUGAAGAGAUUAACUAUCUUGUCACAAAGACCGACAAACAUCAUACACGAUUCUUUCAAUCAAUCAGUAACGUUUGUUAAAGCAUGAUUUUACUAGCGCUUCAUAUUGUGUGUCGGCAAGCCUUUUUUCAGCUUUUGCUGCCGCAUCGUGAACACUUUACGGGUUUGUAUAAGUUAAGCUCUUCCAUCGCCUGUGAAUACACAGGGCCGCUUUGCGGUGUUGUCGCAAACGAAUCAAGCAAGGCCUUGAUCCAGCGAGAAGGAAACGAGGGAGGGCCAAUGAGCGAUCAGUUUACAUCACUCAAACGGCAAUGAUUCUCGCUUGACAUCGUGUGCAAUAUGUGCAAUAGCCUUGUGGUAUCUGAUCUACAAAUCCUUCAAUGUCAGGCAAUCGGACGGGAAGCAGAAAGUUCAUGCACGGAGCAGGGCUCAUUUGACAGUUAUACACGGUCUUUAGUUGACAAACAAAAGCCACACACAACCGAUAUAAUGCGUGUCUGAUUGAGGAAGCUAGGGUAUACAAACCCGUGAACUAUUGCAAUACUGAAUACUGAAAUGUUGCUUUUUCUAUUGCAUCAGUUCCAUAAACUUUAAGGUGACAAUGCUUGUCGUAAAAGGCGACUAACGGGAUCGGAUGGUCAGGCUCGCUGACUUGG